UAGUCUCAACGACCGUAACGAAUAUCAAAUGAGAAGUUCGUUUUCUUUGUGAUAUCCCAAAUAAAUAAACCGGGUAAGAUGAAUCAACGGCAGCCUGCCAGAGACAGGGUUUCACUAAAUAAUCUAUUCUGCCGUUUAGAGCAUAACUGGUCUGAACUGCACAUUAUCGUUAAAUUGGGAAAAUCGGUUCUUCGUGUAGUCUGUGUGGUUGUUGUCUCAUGAUAUUGGUUCUGGUCAGAGUGCAGAAACGUUCUCAGUUCCCUCCUCAGCUUCUAACACAGAAACUGACCCUAUCAACUCGCCGGAGCGCGCAUGCAGCUUCCCCCAGCCCUGUGGUUUUCUAUGCUGCUAGAGGCGCCGGUCUUAUGAUCCUCAACCCUUUGAGCCAGCGGCACACUCAUCUAAAAUAACUGCUUCGGAAACUGAAGCCCAUCGCAAAUGACUUUUCGUAACCGUGGACUGCUUUUACAGGGGCUAGUUUUAAUUUUCUAACGUACCCUAUUCACCAUUGGAUUGCUGCCGUCCGUGCGUUUAUGUGGUCGGUUUUGAGAAAUUCCUUUGGGUUGCUUGCAUUCGGAUGUUAAACAACCCCUAAUGUUGUGUUACCCGCGCACCUCUCAAAUGACUGUGCGCGGUAUGAAGAGGAGACCGAGUUCUCCACCUCGCUUCUAUGUUAAAACCGUGGGCUAAAGUUUGGAUGGACGGUACCUUGGAUUAUCUAGUGUUAUCCCUUUGACCAGGGCAUUUGCUUUUUUGUUUUUUACAACGCACUCAAGGGGUGCCUUAUUUGGGAUUAUAUUACCAAAAUGAAGUCCGUUUCUAUCCGAGUUGGCGAACUCUACUUUCUGGUAAUCUGGCUUCAGUCAGUGCCUCGGAUAAAGGGUGGGGUGGAUGGUUGCCCCAUGCCUUGCAUAUGCCACAGCGAGCCACGUCCGACCCUGGCCUGCCAGCAGCAGGGUCUCCACUCCAUUCCCACAGAGAUCCCUGUCCAUAGCCAACGCAUCUUCCUCCAGAACAACAAGCUGACCGUGGUACGCUCCACCAGCUUCAGCUCCUGCAGGAACCUCACUGUGCUCUGGCUCUACUCCAACAACAUCAGUCACAUCGAGGCCGGGGCCUUCGAUGGCCUGGAGAGGUUGGAGGAACUGGACAUAGGGGACAAUGACCUGAGGAUCAUCAGCCCAACGGCUUUCAGAGGCCUUUCCAGACUGCACACACUGCACCUGCACAGGUGUGGCUUGUCUGAGCUGCCUGUGGGUGUUUUCAGGGGACUCUUUUCUCUGCAGCACCUUUAUCUCCAGGACAACAGCUUAAUCACUCUCCACGAUGACACAUUUCUGGACCUGGCCAACCUGACCUACUUGUUCCUCCACAACAACAAGAUACAAACUGUGACGGAUCACAUGCUGCGAGGCUUAGUCAGCCUGGACCGAUUGCUACUGCAUCAGAAUCGAGUGACAUUCAUCCAGCGAAAUGCGUUUCAAGACCUGCACAAGCUGACCACUUUGUUUUUGUUCUUCAAUAAUUUAACGGUGCUGACUGGAGAGACCAUGGACUCACUGGGGUCCCUCCAGUACCUGCGUCUGAAUGGGAACCAGUGGAUCUGUGACUGCCGGGCCAGAACCCUUUGGAACUGGUUCAAGGGCUUCAAAGGUUCUAGUUCAGAGCUUGAAUGCCAUGUUCCAGACAGACUGGCUGGAAAGGACCUGAAACGGCUAAAGAGCCCUGACCUUGAAGGUUGUUAUGACAGCUCUCACCACACUUGGAUCAGUGUGUUCAGUUCCAAGACAGGAUCUGAAAAACUCACUACAGAGAAUCCGCUUCGGGGUGGUAUUCCAAGGUGCUGCCUCUCAGAAAACGACAAGUCCUUUAUAAUCUCCAGUAAAGGUUUACCUGAUUUAUCAUCUUACAACAGCAGACAAUUCACCAACAAUCCUCUGAAGGAGAAAGAGAACAUCUCCAAAACUAAGCUGUUGGAAGAUGACCCUAACAAACCUCAGAACAAACAAAGUCUGAAUGAUGGCCCAGGGGGAAAGUUAAAUAACGACCUGGACCAGUCUUCUGAAGAUAUAGACCCUUCUAGUGACACUGAAAAUAAAAAAAGGUGUACAAAAGAGAACAUGUCAGACCCUCUUUGUCUGAAGUCCCAAGGAUGUUCAAUUUCAGUUUGGAGGAUUAUAUUUCUUCCUGUGUUUUGGCUUCUUCAUGUGUCUUGGCUAGCCUUUGACUUCUGUUAAGAAUUACAGAUAUAUAAUCUGGUCCAGUGUAAUGAAAGUGCAGGAGGCCAGAAAGUGCCAAGGGUGGAGAAGUGAAAAAUACUUUUUUAUAUUGUGGAUCUGAAGAUAGGAAUCUGAAUAGAAAUGAAAAACCUAACCUAAAAAACUAAAUCCAACAAAUGUAUGCCUUUCUACAGUAAGCCAGUAAAAAAAUGUAUAUAUUUCAUUGAUUUAUGCCCAAAUGGUUCUGUAUGUUCUGCUCAUCUAUAAAAACUUCUUGGAGGUCCUAUCCUCUUUAGGUUUACUCAGCCAAUUGUGGUCACGGGUUACUACAAACAAAAUGUAAAAGCCCAUGCUGUUUAAAACCAUGAAUGUUUGAGGUGUCUUUCAUGUGAAUCCCAAAGAUGUGAAAGAUCUCAUUCCUUCAUUUAUUUUUUUAAUUCUUUUUUUUUAGAGUGAAACCUCCUUUUAAUUCUAUUUUUAUGUUGUUUUUUGUCACGCUGUGGUUACGGGUAGCAUUCUCCAAAGAAUGCUGUCUAUUUGUUCACUGAAG